AUGGCUGGAGCCACUCAAGAAUAUUUCCAUGAAGCUUCCAUUUUAAGCCCAGAUGGUUCAAUAAAAUUCCUUAGGGUGCCUGUGGUCCAAGAACUCGUACGACAUGGAGUCCAACACGUACCAAAAAUGUUCCUUAGGCCGCCAUUAGACACCCUAAACACUGCGAUCACUUGUUUGCCUGAGAAUUUUCCAUCCGUUAGUGUGGCCACAUUACGCGGUAAGGAUGUGGAGGAGAGAAAUAAUGAGCUACAAAAGUUGGCUGCCGGUCUUGAAGAAUUCGGCAUGGUAUUGGUUAGUGACCAUGGCAUACCAUUGUCGUUGUUGUCUGGUGUUAAGGAAGUUAUAAAGGGGUUUUUUAAGUUGUCCUUUGAAGAAAAAAAGAAAAAUGUUGGGACGUAUGCUAGUUUGGAUAAUAUGGGUUAUGGUAGAAAUUUUGUUACUAAGACUGAUGAUAAGCCUCUUGAUUGGAUUGAUCGUUUGACUAUGAAGGUAUCUCCAAAAGAGUCAUCUCAUGGGCUCAAUGUUUGGCCUCGAAAGCCUGCUGAAUUCAAGGAAGUUAUUGAAAAGUAUGCAGAGGAGGCUAAAAAAGUGAGUGAUGAUUUACUCCAAGCACUAGCUGAAGCAUUAUCUCAAGAGAAAAAUGCCUUUGUCAAAUAUUUUGACCCAAAAACAAGAGAAAUCAAUGUAAGAAUAAACUAUUAUCCACCAUGUCCAAAGCCCAAAUCAACAAUGGGCUUAAGCCCACAUUCGGAUAGUUCUACCCUUACUCUUCUCAUGCAAUUUGAUACCUCUGGUGGUCUACAAGUUAUGCACAAAGACAAGAAAAUUUGGCUAAGUGUUCCAUGGCCAAGUGAUGCAUUGCUAGUAAGUGCUGGAGAUGUUCUAGAGAUAAUGACUAAUGGAAAGGUUAAAAGUUCUUGGCAUAGGGCGGUUACGCAAGCUGGUUUAGAGAGGUACUCUUUGGCUUUAUUCUUUAAUCCGCCAUUGUCGAUGGAAAUCGAGCCUAUUAAGAGGGAUGGUUUGAGUGAUUACGAGUAUAAGAAGGUGGUUGUGGGUGAUUAUUUACAACAUUAUUAUACGGUAAGUCAAACAUCACCGAAAGUGGCUAUGAAAUUUGCAAUGGUCUAAUAGGAUCAGAGCAUCAAUCGAUUGAUGUACUAAUAAGGUUGCAAUACAAAAAGUGAUCAACAUCCAAUUUCCUUUCUUUUCCUAGCUAAUCCUAUUCAAGUUUUUGUACCUCCCUUCAAAUUUUUUUUUUUUGAACUCUGGCUUUCGCCUUAUGAGGGUUUUUGAACCCUUGAGGUAUAAAUGAAUGAACUCUUUUGUUAAAGUUGGUUGUUACUAGUGAUAUAACUGAUGUUACAUCUACCAUUAUUGAUAUUGGUUGUUUAUAGUAAAACAUAGGAAGUACUCCGUAUGUGACAUGGCCAAGGAACGUAUUCAAAAUG